AUGAGCACAGCGCAGAAUGAGAUCCGACGGUUAAUGAAGAAGGCCAAGCAACAUCCUGGUAUCACUAAACCUGACAAUAAGACAUUGAUUGUUGAUUCAAAGGAUGUUGUGAUUCAGAACAACAAUUUGACCAUGAGUCGAGUAGAGAAAGCAAUUCCUGUGGGCUUCUAUGACGACGCGGUGGCCGACGCUAAAGCUCGUAAAGUAGAUGUGAUCGGAUUAGCAGAACAGCAACUCGAGUCUGAGUGGGAAGCAUUUCAAGAAUUUGCGGCCAAGGUGGAACAGCAAGAAGCCGACGAGGAGAAGCAGCAACUGGAGGAGACUAAAGAACGCGAGGCUGUAGAGCAGCUCGAGAACAUGGAAUAUGUGGACAGAUACCGCUUAGCGUUAGAGCGUGUGAGUAGCCUCCGUAAAGGAGGCACAAAAUUAAAGACAACGAAACGGGAGCUAGAAAUUAUGUCUGAAGAUGCAGGUAGACAAGCUGGCGAUGUAGAGAGCGAUUUUGAUGCUGAAGUAGUGCGAAGUGAGUACAAGAGAAACAAGAGGAUGAGAAAGCAGCUUUUGAAGAACGAAAAAUCUGCUGAUGCAGUUGAUCCUUGCGAUUGGCGUUCUCGCGGCAUCUGA